AUGGCACCGAAAGCGCCUGCGCCGUUUUCUGAACCCCUUCUCCCUCAACUCGAUCUUCCUGUCAACCCAUACUAUACCGAUAAACACCACCGCCUGCGGGCAUUUGUACGCAACUAUAUUGAUACAGAGAUCGCCCCUUAUGCACAAGACUGGGAAAUUGCUGGACAAGUCCCAGAAAGCGUGCGCCUGCGGCAUUGCCAACUAGGCUUUGCGAUCACGCAUCCGGUGCUUGAUCCUGCAGACACUGGAGGAAUCCAACAUCCGGCAGGAAUCCCCUUUGAUGAGUGGGAUGUCUGGUGUGGCGUUAUUGUCUCCGAUGAGUUCAACAGAUUGGGCUGGUGCGGCCCGAUGUGGGGAUUGGGAGGUGGUAAUGGCAUCGGAUGUCCUCCGAUCAGUAGGUUUGGCACGAAAGAGCAGAGACAAAAGUGGUUACCGAAGGUUGCCAGGGGAGAAUAUCGGUUCUGUCUGGGUAUCACGGAGCCUGAUGGUGGAAGUGACGUUGCCAAUAUCAAGACCACGGCCGAACGGGUAGGAAAUAUUUAUCGUGUGAAUGGGAGCAAGAAAUGGAUCACAAAUGGAAUUUGGUGCGACUUUGUUACAGCAGCGGUUAGGACAGGGGGUCCAAGUCAUGGUGGUAUCUCCUUACUGGUGAUUCCAUUGAAGGCAGAAGGAGUCACAACACGAAGAAUGGAAAAUCAGGGUGUCCACGCGAGUGGUUCCACAUUCAUCACUUUCGAAGAUGUUGAAGUACCAGUUGAGAAUCUCCUUGGAAAAGAAAACCAUGGAUUCCCCAUGAUCAUGUCCAACUUCAACCCCGAACGACUCGCCCUGGCCACCGCAGCACUUCGGCUUGCGAGAGUCUGUGCCUCGGAUGCAUACGAAUAUGCAUGUGAGCGAGAGACAUUCGGAAAGAAGCUGAUAGAGCACGCAUCGAUUAAGACGAAGAUCGCCUCCUUCGGACUCCUGAUAGAGCCAGCCCACGCCUUCCUAGAGCAACUAUGUUUCAUCAUCGAGACUUCCCGUGUGACGGGCAAGGAAGUGAAUGUAGGAGGCAUGACUGCUUUGUUGAAGGUCAUGAGCACAAGAUGUCUGGAGCAAGUCUGUCGUGAAGCUCGGCAGAUAAUGGGUGGAGCCGGAUACACCAAGACUGGUAAGGGAGCCCGGAUCGAGCAGAUCAGUCGAGAUGUCGGAGUGCAUGUGAUUGGUGGCGGGAGCGAAGAAAUCAUGGUUGAUCUUGCCGUGCGCCAGGAAGCACGAGAUGUCGCCUUGAGGGCUCAGAAACUUGCAGGCUCAAAAUUGUAG